AUGAUGUUUUCUAAACAAAUUCAACAUCCUCAAUCUCAAAAGUCUAGUGAUUCUAGUUUAUCUAAUUAACAAUUUAAUUAAAGGCCUUUUCGAUAUGAAAACUAAUCAUCAAUUAAAACUCAUUGGUAAAAACUUAAAUCAAAUGAAACUGACAAUGAUCCUAUAACAAGAAGGGAAAGAAAUGUUAAACCAAUAGUAAUAAAUGAUUAUUAUAUUAGACUAUCUUAUAAGAAAUUAUAAGUUGCAACAAUUAAAAAAAACUGAUAAAAUUAGUUAGUUCAUUUCUAUAAUCGGAAUAGCAAUUAACUUAAAUUUAUGAAUAAUUAGAAAAAUAGUCAAUAGUUUCCCUCUUUUUAAAAAUUCAUCAAAUGCAGAGUCCUUAACUUGUAUAAUUUAUGCAUUUACUUUAUGAUUCUUUGUUUUCUUUGGAUUCAUCAGUUAGUUCUAAGAUUUAUACUCAUUAAGAUGUUCUUAAAUACAUACUUUUAUCAAAUUAUGAAUCAAUUUAAGGAUAAGCAGGUUAAUUGACUAGAAUACUUGAAAUUUUAUCAGAAAUGUAAAUUCUCAAUCCUGAUUUUUUGGCAUUUGAAGAAGAAUUUUAAGUUGAUAUGGAGGAAGUAUAAUAUUAAAUUUAUAAUUUAGAAUUCUAAUUCAUACAAUAAAGUUUAAUUAAGAAUUCUAUUUUUGAUAAGUUCAAUUGAUAUUUUAAGAGCUUUGAAAGGUUCAGUAACUUUGUUUGAAAGAUUAGAAUAAUUUGUAUUUUCAUAAAUUAAGAAUGGAUAAAUGCCAAAUAUAAAUGAUAUGUAAACUUUAGUGAUAGCUUAUAUUUUAUUGAGUGAAUAAUUAGAUAUUGCUAAUAAGUUAGGUUAUUCCAAAUAAGCAGUAGAAAUUAUAGGAAAGUCUUAAGAUUAUUCAAUUUUUGAAUUAAAAAAAAGAUUUAUGAAUAAUGCAAUGAAAUUAUCAUAAAAAUAUUUGGGAUCUUAAGUUUAUGAUUAAAUUGUUAGUAUGAAUAGAUCAUUUAGUCCAGGAUUUAAUAGAUAAUCAAUGACUCAUUUUAAUUAAUCAGAAAAUAUAUCAUAUUAAUUUCUGGUUAAUUAAUUAAAGAUGGAUUAUACAUUAAAUAAUGAUGAAAAUUUUUAAAUAGAUUCUAAAUGUAAUAAUUUAUUGACUAGUCCUUUAAUUUAUUAAGUUAUGGAUAAGUAAUAUAAAUUAUUAUUAUUAUUGUUAGACUUUUACCAUCUACAUAAAAAAAGGAGAAAGUGAAUUCAAUUUUCACUGAAUAAAGUUAAAUUGAAAAAAAGAGUUAACCUAUCAUAAUAAAAAAAUAGUUCUCUAUUAAAUAAUUGAAAUAAGAGAAUAUGAUAUAAUCUCAAACUCAACAAUAAGUAUCAACUCCAUCUUAAAAAAACUCAUAAUAAGUAAUAUCAUUAAAUAAUUAAAUUAGAUGUCUUAAACUUAAGGAUUUUAAUCAUCAUAAUUUAAACCAUAAUCAAAUUUUAAUGUUAAACCAGGUUUAGAUUCUAAUGAAUUUGAAAUUUUAUAAAAUAAAUUAGGCCGUCAAUAACAAGAAUUAGAAGAAUUGAAAUAAUUGUAUAAUACAAAUAUGGCUUAAAAAAAGAAUGAACUUAAUUAAGCUAAUUAAUAAAAUUAAUAAAAUGAUUAAUUAAAGAAAAAAAUUGAAGUUUUGGAAAAUAAUUUAGUUUAAUUAAAGAAUGAAAAUACUACUUAUAAAAAAGAAAAAGAUCAAAAAUAAAGUGAAGUAAAUGAAUUAAGAUCAUUCAUCUAAGAUUUAUAAGAUAAAUAGUUGAAAUUAGAAAAAUUAGUUUAAUAGUAAUAAUAAUAAUAAUAAUAUCAACAAUAAUAAUAACAAUAAUUAUUAUAAUUAUAAUUGUAAUAGCAAUAAUAAUAAUAAGCUUCUCCAUAAUAAUAAUAAUUACCAAAUCCUGGAUUAUAAUAUUUAAAAACAUAAUAAAGUAGUUAUUCAACAAAAACUAAUACUUAAACUUAAAUGAACAUUUAAAUUCCAUCAAAUAAUACAGAUGAUAAAAAUAGAUUAUUUGUAAGAGCUUAAAGUUAAAUGAGUCAUUCUCCAGGAGAAGAAUUUAAAAAUGAAAUGGAUGAUACAAGUCCUAGAAUAAUAAAAUAAAAUUAAGCAUAUUUACUAUAAUUAUUAGAUAUGUUAGAUUUAAAUACUUCUUUCACUAAAACAUAUACUAAAUUACAUUCAAUUAAUGAAAAUAAUUCAUGGGAAAGUGAUGUAUCAAUAGUUCACAAUUUUAAACUUGAAGGUUUAAUAACUGAUUCAAAUGAAGGUAAAGUACUAAUGUUAAAAGCAUAUAAUUAAUAAAAUAUUGCCUGUUCAGAAUCAAUAUCAUUUGAUCUUUUAAAAAGUCUUCUUUUUUAUGUUGAUUUUCAAGAUACUCUUCCAACAAAUUUACCAAACAUUAGUACAACUCAUUAAUUCUUUAAAUAUCUUAUUCUACCAUAUACUGCAGUAAUAUAAGAUGAAAAUACUUAAUAAUAUAAAAUUUAAUUAUGGCCUAAACCUUAUGGAUUAUUAAAUGGAUUAAAUUUAAAAUUAGAUUUUUUAGAUCUUAAUUGUUUAGUAUAUGUUCAUCAUUUAGAAACAGAUUAAUUUAGAAUAAUUAUAUUAGAUCCAGCCAGUUAUGAUUGUUUUAAAUUAGAUUUAGAGAUGGAUUAUUCUUCUAUGGAUGCAUUCUUUUUAGAUGCAAAAUCUAUCAAAGAUGAAUAUAAUUAUUAUUGCAAAAGUAAUUUAUUAAAACUUACUGAUAAAACUCCUAAAUUUGGAGAUGAUGAUGUAGCUGAAGCAUUAGUAGAAAGACAUUUUUCAAAAGAUAAAGUUAAAUCUGUUUAAGCAGGAAUUAAAUAAAAUUAAUCUUAUGGUUAAGAAAAUAUGACAUUGAAAUAACCACUUGAAUUUCUCAAAUUCAUUAAAUAAAUUGUUUAGAUUUUUGAAUAAUAACUCAAAUUAUAAUAAAUAACAUUUCCAAAUAGUUUACUUGGUAUGAAAUAUUUCAGAUGUAAAACUUGGAAUGCAGGUACUAAAAGCUAAAUACAAAUUGUUAAAGAACAAUUAGAUCAAUAAUAAAUUUCUAUAUAUUUGGCUAAUUGUUUUGAAUCUUUUGGUCCAAAUAAAUCUAAACUUAAAGUUAAAGGAAGCACUAAUAUUAAUUUUUCUGCUAUUUAAAGAGAAUUUGCUGUCUCUUACGAUAAAUUACAAAUUGAAGAAAGAGCUACUAUUUUAUAAACUAUUUUAUAUUCAUUUAAUUUGAAUAUUUUUGAAAAAGUAUGUGAAUAAGAUGAACAAUAAUUUGAUAAAAAUCCUAUUGUUUAAAGUAUUUAUGAUUGUGGUUCAUAUAGAAGGUAUUUAAUAUAAAUAAUUUAGAAUUAUUGCUUUUGAUAAUGGCAAAAUUUCUUAAGUAACUGUAUAAGUUAUAGGAUCAAAUAGAAGAAUGUGUGGUAUUAAAUUUUCUGUUUUUAAUGUUGAUGAAACUAUUGAAAAUGGAGUUUUCUUACCUGUUUCAUAAAGUGAAUGGGAUACAAGAGCUAUGGAAAAAUAAAAAAUCAAAGCAUCAGUUUAAAAUGUUCCUUUUGCAGAAUACUUAUUAACUUAAAUUCUCAAAUGUCCAACAACAUAAACUGUAUUUAAUUUAUUUUAAUAUAGAUUUUGUUUAAAAAGAUUUUAAAUGCGGAUUUCAAAUCUAAUUAAAUUAAUAGUAAUGAAAUUAAGAAGAGAAAGACUUUCAUUGAAAGAAUCGAUAAUUUAUUAACAUGGUAAGAGGUCAUUGCAAAUUUAUGA